AUGAUCGACCCGUCUUCGCGGCAGGCGUUCUACAUUGACAACGUGAUCGCGCUCGUGGACGCCAAGCACGCCGUCCAGAAGCUGGACGAGAGCAGCGCCGACCCGACGGGCAGGGGCACGGCCGGCGCACAGAUCGCCUUCGCCAGCACCGUGCUGCUGAACAAGGUGGAUCUCGUGUGCGACGCGGAGCUGGAGGAGGCAGAGAAGCGCAUCAUGGCGCUGAACAGGUCUGUCGACAUCAUACGCUGCGAAAAGGCUCAAGCCCCGCUCGACAGGCUGUUCGGCGUCAGGGCUUUCGAUCUUGCCAAGGUACUGGAUGAGCAGUACAUGGACGAGGAGGAGUUCAACAGCUUCUAUAAGCCGAAGAUGGAUAACUCGAUCUCGAACGUCGGCGUCCGCUUCGAGGGAGCCGUCUCCCUGCCCAUGCUGCAGAUGUUCCUGGACAGGUACCUGUUCAGCGAGGAGUCGGCCAGGGACUUCCUGCGAGUCAAGGGCGUCUUCGACGUCGUCACGAGCGACCAGAUGUUCGUGCUCCAGUGCGUCCACAUGCUCAGGAACCAGAGCUUCUCGAAGCCCUGGCCGCAGGGCAGACCCCGCGAGAACCGGAUCAUCUUCAUAGGGCGGGGCAUGCAGCAGCGGCGGCGGGAGCUCACCGAGGGGGUCCGCGCCUGCGUGGCCGGGCCGCUCCGCUUCGCGGUGGGGGCGGCGGUGAUGGCCAGGACGGGCGAAGGCGACGACGACCGCGAGCGCGGCAGGGUUGUCAAGCACUGGGACGAGUUCCAGGCCUACCGCAUCCUGCUGGACGGCGGCGACGAGGUGCGGGCCCCCGUCGACACCGACGCCUACGUGAGGGGGGCGUGA